AUGCAGUCUGUCAUGCGUGCAGUUGCCCUGGCUGGCGCGUUCAACAUCACCAUCAUUGAUGUGCCCAAGCCGACCAUCAUAAAUUCAACCGAUGCCGUUGUUCGCAUCGCGGCAACUGCCAUUUGUGGUAGCGACCUACACAGAUACCACCAGAAUUCAGCUUCGCCAGAGAACCCCCAGCAGAUCGGCCACGAGGCCAUUGGCUACAUAGAAGAAGUUGGAGACUCCGUUGAGGUACUAAAGGCUGGCGAUUGGGUCGUCAUUCCCUUCGCGUUUGACAAUGGUCACUACCAAUAUGGACCCCUGAUUGAUGCGCCCGCGGCGUCAUCUACGGGUAUGCAAGCCGAGUAUGCGCGCAUCCCGUAUGCGGAUGACUCUCUUAUGCCUGUGCCCAUCAACGCUAGCACAAAUACAUCCACCAUUCAUGACUAUCUCUUCAUGUCCGACAUCCUUGCAACGGGCUGGGCAGCGCUUGACUUUGCCGGUCAGGAACCCGGAGAUACGGUUGCAGUUUUCGGUGCCGGACCUGUAGGGCAAAUGGCUAUCCUUUCUGCCGGAGUGCGCGGUGCGUCCAAGAUCUACGUCGUAGACCACGUGCAAGACCGUCUGGACCUCGCCGCCGCCCACGGUGCCAUUCCGGUUAACUUUGCGUUGGAGGACCCGGUGGAGGCUCUACGCCGCUUCGAGCCGGCUGGCGUUACGCGCGUCGUCGACUGUGUUGGUUACGAGGCCGAAGAUGCGCAGGGAAAUGUAAACAGUAGCAUUGUGCUACACCAGGCUGGACAGGUAGUGGCACCACAGGGCGGUAUUGGCGUCGUCGGAGUUUACGGGAGCGGAAACCAAGAGCAGACGAUUGACAUCAAGCCACUUUUCAUGAAUAAUUUCUCAGUGCGUGGAGGCGUCUCAUCGCCGCUGGACCUUGGCACUCAAAUGCUCAAUCUCAUCACCACCGGCAAACUGCGCCCGGGCUCCAUCGUGAGUGCCGUUAUCGGAAUCGAAGAGGCUCCCGAGUACUACGCGCGGUUCGACCGUCGCGAAGAAACGAAAGUCGUUAUUGAAUUUCCUUUUUGA